CCUGGUCUCUGUCAUCAUGAUCCUACCUGGCAUGGAGACUCAGCUCAAGAAGGUAACACCACAUAACACAACCCUGGUCUCUGUCAUCAUGAUCCUACCUGGCAUGGAGACUCAGCUCAAGAAGGUAACACCACAUAACACAACCCUGGUCUCUGUCAUCAUGAUCCUACCUGGCAUGGAGACUCAGCUCAAGAAGGUAACACCACAUAACCCUGGUCUCUGUCAUCAUGAUCCUACCUGGCAUGGAGACUCAGCUCAAGAAGGUAACACCACAUAACCCUGGUCUCUGUCAUCAUGAUCCUACCUGGCAUGGAGACUCAGCUCAAGAAGGUAACACCACAUAACCCUGGUCUCUGCCAUCAUGAUCCUACCUGGCAUGGAGACUCAGCUCAAGAAGGUAACACCACACAACCCUGGUCUCUGUCAUCAUGAUCCUACCUGGCAUGGAGACUCAGCUCAAGAAGGUAACACCACAUAACCCUGGUCUCUGUCAUCAUGAUCCUACCUGGCAUGGAGACUCAGCUCAAGAAGGUAACACCACAUAACACAACCCUGGUCUCUGUCAUCAUGAUCCUACCUGGCAUGGAGACUCAGCUCAAGAAGGUAACACCACAUAACACAACCCUGGUCUCUGUCAUCAUGAUCCUACCUGGCAUGGAGACUCAGCUCAAGAAGGUAACACCACAUAACCCUGGUCUCUGUCAUCAUGAUCCUACCUGGCAUGGAGACUCAGCUCAAGAAGGUAACACCACAUAACCCUGGUCUCUGUCAUCAUGAUCCUACCUGGCAUGGAGACUCAGCUCAAGAAGGUAACACCACAUAACCCUGGUCUCUGCCAUCAUGAUCCUACCUGGCAUGGAGACUCAGCUCAAGAAGGUAACACCACACAACCCUGGUCUCUGUCAUCAUGAUCCUACCUGGCAUGGAGACUCAGCUCAAGAAGGUAACACCACACAACCCUGGUCUCUGUCAUCAUGAUCCUACCUGGCAUGGAGACUCAGCUCAAGAAGGUAACACCACAUAACCCUGGUCUCUGUCAUCAUGAUCCUACCUGGCAUGGAGACUCAGCUCAAGAAGGUAACACCACACAACCCUGGUCUCUGUCAUCAUGAUCCUACCUGGCAUGGAGACUCAGCUCAAGAAGGUAACACCACACAACCCUGGUCUCUGUCAUCAUGAUCCUACCUGGCAUGGAGACUCAGCUCAAGAAGGUAACACCACACAACCCUGGUCUCUGUCAUCAUGAUCCUACCUGGCAUGGAGACUCAGCUCAAGAAGGUAACACCACACAACCCUGGUCUCUGUCAUCAUGAUCCUACCUGGCAUGGAGACUCAGCUCAAGAAGGUAACACCACACAACCCUGGUCUCUGUCAUCAUGAUCCUACCUGGCAUGGAGACUCAGCUCAAGAAGGUAACACCACAUAACCCUGGUCUCUGUCAUCAUGAUCCUACCUGGCAUGGAGACUCAGCUCAAGAAGGUAACACCACAUAACACAACCCUGGUCUCUGCCAUCAUGAUCCUACCUGGCAUGGAGACUCAGCUCAAGAAGGUAACACCACAUAACACAACCCUGGUCUCUGUCAUCAUGAUCCUACCUGGCAUGGAGACUCAGCUCAAGAAGAUACCAGGGUUCUGUGUUGGUGGAACCUCCAUGACCAUACCAGGCAUUGAAAACAAGGUGAACUGUGAUGUCAUCGUGGGGUACAAGUCUGUGUACCGCAUGUGCUUUGCCAUGGCCUGCUUCUUCUUCCUGUUCUCCAUCAUCAUGAUCCGUGUUCGCAGCAGCAAGGACCCCCGAGCUUCACUACAGAACGGAUUCUGGUUCUUCAAGUUCCUUAUACUGGUGGGGAUAACUGUUGGAGCCUUCUUCAUUCCAGAUGGGACAUUCAACACAGUGUGGUUCUACUUUGGCGUAGUGGGUUCCUUCAUCUUCAUCAUCAUCCAACUGAUCCUGCUGGUGGAUUUUUCUCACACCUGGAACCAGUCCUGGUUGGAGAAUGCUGAGGAGGGAAACAGCAAGUGCUGGUUUGCAGCUCUCCUGUCGUUCACGGUGCUACACUAUGCCCUGGCCUUCUCUGCUGUGGUGUUGUUCUAUGUCUAUUACACCACCGGAGAUGACUGCACUGAACACAAGAUCUUCAUCAGCCUUAACUUAAUCUUUUGCAUCAUCAUCUCCAUCGUUGCCGUCCUGCCCAAAGUUCAGGAGGCCCAGCCUAGCUCAGGCCUGCUCCAGGCCUCCCUCAUUUCCCUCUACACCAUGUAUGUCACAUGGUCUGCCAUGACCAACAACCCCAACCGUAAGUGUAACCCCAGCCUGCUGAGUCUGGUCAAUAACACCCCCAGCCCUACACCUGUCCCAGGACAAGAGGUCCAGUGGUGGGAUGCACAGGGCAUCAUAGGACUGGUCAUCUUCUUCUUCUGCACUCUGUACGCCAGCAUCCGUUCGUCCAACAACACCCAGGUGAACAGGCUGAUGCAGACAGAGGAGGACCAGGGUCUGGCUGCAGACGACCACGAGGCGGCCAUGGGGGUGGACGGGGUCAGACGGGCUGUGGACAAUGAGGAAGAUGCGGUCACCUACUCUUACUCCUUCUUCCACUUCAGCCUGUGCCUGGCCUCCCUAUACAUCAUGAUGACACUCACCAACUGGUACCAACCUGACGCAGACUACCAGGCCAUGCAGAGCAGUAUGCCAGCAGUGUGGGUGAAGAUUAGCUCUAGCUGGAUAGGCUUGGCUCUCUACCUCUGGACCUUGGUAGCUCCUCUCAUCCUCUCUAACCGAGACUUCAACUAAAGGCAUACACAUUCCAUCCAGGGCUGUCCCAAAUGGUACCUCUAUUCCCAAGUAGGAAUAGGGUAGGUGUCUUUUCAGAUUUGCUUUACUGUUUGGCAUGUUUUGAGUCACACUACUGGGUAAAAACAUUUUCAUUGUGCUGCUUGAAGAAGGGAAUCACUGUCGUUUUUGUUUUAUUUAAAAAGAAAAAUGUCCAGGCUUGUCUCAUUGACUAGACUUAACAAGAAUCUGGGACACUCAAAUGAGUAUGAUAUGCAGCGUUUGGUAUGAUUUCAUAAAACUAGUUACUUAAGGCAAAAACAAAAGGAGGGUGGUUGGCUGGGUGGGUGAAUCUCAUCACGGACAAUUUUAGCUAAUUGGCAACUUUGUGACGACUUAAUACUUUUUAGCUACUUUGCAAGUACUUAGCAUGCUAGCUACCUUUUAACUUUAAUCCUUAAGCGUCUAGAUAGUCAUACCAAGGAUCAUUUAGCAACUUGAUUUAGAAUUUUAGGACCCCUUUCGGUAUACAUAAAAUAAUGAUAUCAAGCUUUAAUUAUUUGAAUCAGGUGUGUAGUGCUUGGGCAAAAACCAAAACGUGCACCCCUUGGGGUCCCGAGGACCGAGUUUGGGAAACCCUGGUGUAGAGAAUCAUUGUAACAUCUAAACCGCUGUGAAAUAUACCUUUUUCCAUAACCAAAAAUAUUGUAUUUUCAGCUGUUUGAAGAUGAUGUACAAAACCGAAAGUAACACACACAAAGGAAACUUCAGAAUGGGAAACAUAGAAAUGGUGCACAUAGAAAAGUGACAGAUCUAUACCACACUUCUAUGUGAAUUUGGCCGGGUAGCCCAAAAAGUUACACAUUGCAUACUUCCAUAAAUGUUUUUACUGGUACCGGACUACCUUCAGAUGUGGGCAUCCUAGAGCAAAACAACCGACGUGUUCGGGAGAGUCACUUCUUCAUCGAGGGGUCAUAUUAGUGUGUAGCCCAAACUGUUCGGACGCGACAGACGUUUUCGUGAGGAACGAUUUUUUUUUUUCUUUUUUUUUUUUUUUUUUUUCCCCCCCAUGGAUGUCUCAUGGUCUGGCAAACACCUCUAGCUUGGCCACCUUCCACCACAAAUGCGGAAGGCUGCCAUUGGUGGGUGUGGUGGAUUGAGACUCAGCCCACGCAAAUAAACUGCUAUCUUUAACAGACAGCUUUGAUGGUGAUGUUUUUUUGUUGAAAUUAUUAUGCUAACUAGAUUUCCGCGGGGGUGCGGAUGUCGACUCUAGGGGGUAACUACUAGCCUAGCUAACGUUAGUCGCAAUAAAUUGGAAUUUGUAACAUUGCAUAUUCGUAACAUAUUGUACAAAUUACUAUAUAUAUAUAUAUAUAUAUAUAUAUAUAUAUAUAUAUAUAUAUAUAGUAAUUCAUAACAUCAUACUAAUUUGUGUUUUCCAUUUACUAUUUUAAGUCUACCUAUGAGUCCAGGUUGUUGUUAGCCAUACUUGAGGUUGGUUUUAUCAUUCUGUUUUUUUUUUAUAUACAUACAAAAACAUUUGCUUGGUUUGACGCUUUUAAUAAUAUUUCUUAACAUAUCUGGUCAGCGAAUUUACUAAAAUGUAAAAGUGCCUUUUAAACCUACAGAUUUGCUACACAAUAAACUAGCUUUAUAUUCAAAUUUGUAUAUGAUUUGUAUCUCUAAUGCCUCUCCUUAUUAUAAUGAAAUGUAAUAAAUCUGAAUCUCUGAAA